UAAUGUGACCUAAUAAAGGCCUCCGAGGGUUUUUCCAGUUCUCACUGUUAGGAUUUUUUCUUAUAAUAGUCCCCUACUUUCCUGCUUUGAUGUGUCAGCCUACCUCAGGAGAGCCCCUAGCCCUCCCCACAGGCACCCUGAACAGUAUCCUGCCUGAGGCGUUUGGUAAAUUCUGGGCUCACUUUUCCUUUGUUCUCCCCUGCCUGACUCCCUGCCUCCGAGGUCUUGUCCUCUGGGGAGAUAAGUUAAGUGCUCUGCCAGCCUGCUUGUGUGCCUGGCCUGUUUUUUCUCACUGCCAGUACCUCUUGGAUUCCAAUUCCAAACAUGGUAUCCAUCUGGGGUCACCCUUUCUUCCGGUGCCAAGAGAGACGCAUUCCAAAUGGAACACAAGUGUGCCUCCCGUGCUGGGCUCUCCUCAUUCUGGUUGGGGACAACAGAGCAGGAUGUGGCCACUUUAUCCCUCACAGCUUAAGUUUUCAGCUCCUGAGUCCUAGCUUUGCCUCGGGACAUGUUAGCUUUUCUGCUGAGAGCCAAAUGUGAAGACUGUCCUAAGAAACCUGGAGCCGAGUCAGCUUGCCAGAGCUCUGCGGACAGGGCCAGAGCCUUGCUGAAGGAAAGAGAGAGGGGAAAACAAAUUUAAAAAUCCUCCAUGAAGUGUACUAUGCUCUGCCGUUUAUUCCCAAAGCUCCUGGAAGCAUUCCUCUCAGGAAAGGUGGGCUUGGUGGCAAGAAGCCGGACGUGAGAAGACUCCUGGGAGGACCGAUUAAUCUACUUUCUGAAUUUCCUCUGUGGGGACAGUCUCCGAGCCCUGCAAGGCUUUGGGGCGCCCUGAAGAUGAGUGCUAACAGCAGCACCAUGAGCCAGCUAAUCUGGCAGGGCCCCGCGUGCGUUGGCUGGAAGCGGGACCUGGAAGGGGCCGUCUACCAUCUGGCCAACUGCUUCUUGCUCCUGGGCUUCAUGGGGGGCAGCGGGGUGUAUGGAUGCUUCUACCUCUUCGGCUUCUUGGGCACGGGCUACGUGUGCUGCGUGAUGUGGGGUUGGUUGGAUGCUUGUGGCCUGGACCUCAUCCUCUGGAGCUUCCUGCUGGCCACAGCCUGCCUGCUCCAGCUGGCAUACCUGAUACACCGGCUGCGCAGGCGCGCCCUCCCCGAGGAGUUCGACGUCCUCUACAAGACGCUGUAUCUACCCCUGCAGGUGCCUCUGCAGGUGUACAAGGAGAUUGUUCACUGCUGUGAGGAGCAGGUCUUGACGCUGGCCACUGAGCAGACUUACGCUGUGGAGGGCGAGACCCCCAUCAACCGCCUGUCCCUGCUCCUCUCCGGCCGAGUUCGUGUGAGCCAGGAUGGGCAGUUUCUUCACUACAUCUUCCCUUACCAGUUCAUGGACUCUCCAGAGUGGGAAUCUCUGCAGCCCUCUGAGGAGGGUGUGUUCCAGGUCACUCUGACUGCCGAGACCCCAUGUAGCUACAUUUCCUGGCCCCGGAAAAGUCUCCACCUUCUUUUGACCAAAGAGCGAUACAUUUCCCAACUCUUCUCAGCCCUGCUGGGCUAUGACAUCUCAGAGAAGCUCUACGCUCUCAAUGACAAGCUCUUUGCCAAGUUUGGGCUGCGCUUCGACAUCCGUCUCCCCAGCCUCUACCAUGUCCUGGGUCCCACAGCCUCGGAUACAGGGCCUGAGUCUGAGAAGGAUGACGAGGAAGCUCGUGAACCAGCCUUGUGCACAUCCACCCAGCAAACACCCCCUUGCUCUCCUCUUCCAAUGGCCACCAGCCCUCCUGCACCUCCUUCCCGGGCCAGGUUGUCCCGACCCGACAGCGGCAUCCUGGGUGAGGACUCCACCAGUCUGGUGCUGGAGGAUUUUGAGGAGGUGUCGGGAUCAGAAUCGUUCAUGGAUUAUAGGAGUGAUGGGGAGUACAUGAGGUGAGGGAGAACUAACACGGGCACGGCCACCCGGCUCAGGAUCCUGUCUUCUAGAACUCCUCUCCACAGUUACUCUCAAGCUAUGUCCAGGGGACAGGCCCCCUUGGCUCCAACCCACACUCCUGAACUUUAAGGAUCCAUGGACUGUCUUUUUCUCUGGCCACACAAAUCUUCACAGGAAGCUCACUGGAGUGCACACCCCGUCUUACCCACUGGAGGGCUCACGGGCCAGGUCCGGGCAGGCUCAGGAGACAUCGGUGCUGCAGCAACAGGAGGGCCCCCAGCAACUUGUAGAAAUUUGCCCUCACCAGCCUUCCUUCCAGGAGGAGGCACACAGAAGUGCAAAACCACUGAUUACAUCCUUCACAAACUGCAGAAUCUUGGGCAAGUUCCACAGGCUCUCUGAGCCUCCCCUGUAAAGUUGGGACUUAGAAAACCCAUCUCACAAGGUUGUUGUGAGCAUCAGAUGAGAUGACUUAGGUAAUGCACCUCAGACAUGGCGUGGCACCUCGGGAGCACUCAAUAAAUCACUCCAUUUAUUUUC